AUGACGAAAUCGAUGAAGUUGGUGUGCUGCAUGUUGCUUCUGCUCAGUGUUGUGGACUAUGCACGAGCAUUUUCUGCACCACCUUUAGAGGCAGGAAGAACAAUUCGACAGAAUAAUGUCAACAGGCAACGUGGCAGGAGCCCAUUCGAUAUGGUGACGAUAGAAGCGCCAACCAAAGAAGACAUCGAACGCGAGACGAGAAGACGACAGGGUGGUGAUGAUGAUUCAAUUGGCGACAAAGAAGAGAAUUUUGAAGAUGAAUUACGUACAAAGGGACCCUUGGAGUGGUUGGAAGAUGCCGAAGCGUCGAGAGAAAUGGACGAUCCCUACCACAUUUUGCUGCUGGGACAGACUUUUGAAAAGCCUAAAAUUACUGUUCCAUACGUUUCCAAUACUCUACAAUAUGUCUUGGAGAUGCCAGAGGACGAAGCCACUGAAUUGAGUCAAUUUUCGUUUGAAAAUGGCAUGUCCUGUCUUGGUACCUGGCCAAGAGAAGAGUGCCUUACUUUAGGAAGGCAGCUGCAAGUCAGAGACAUUGUUUGCCGAGUCGUUCCAUUCUGUGAGGGUGGACAGCGCGGCUGGCAAGCAAAAGAUGCCGAUGAAGCUGGGUAUUUUAACGCCAGAGAUAUGCAAUAG